AUGGAGAUAGACUCUGAUGUUCGUCAGGAUGCAAAGAAAUUAGAAGGAGAAGUAGAAUGCUCUGUUUUAAAGGAGAAAGACUUGGAUAUGGAUGAAGAUGGUAAAAGAAGAGAAGGAGAAAUAGAGGGGUUUGUUUCCAUGGAGACAGUCUCGUAUGUUCAUGAAGUUGUUAAGAAAAUAGCUGAAAAUGAAGCAGAUAGCUCUGUUUCCAUGGAGGGUGAUUUCAAUUUCCUUCGGGAAGUUGAAGGAGAAAAAAUAGAAGAUUCUUUAUUCACAGAUAGUGACUCUGCUGAAGCCAAUGGUUUGGCAGAAGAACCAAGUUUCAUGACCUUCUCUUUCCAACGAAAUUAUAUAGCUCCAGAUGUUUCCCAUAAUCUAUUUUCCAAUAAUGAAAAUAUUUUCAAAAUGGAAUCUUCAGAGCUUGAUUUGGAGGAAGGCAUUGUUCCUCGAGAAGAAGAGAAUAAUGAGCACUCUAUUCAAGAACAGAGAAAUAUCACAUCCAAUUCCACUUUUGGUCCAAUCCUUCAAAGUAAUACCUUUUGUACCAGUGAUUCAUUUGAUGAUGAUGACGACAACAUUUUAAACGAUAGCACAUUCCAAUCUGAUUUUGGGUCAAAAUCAUGCAACAAUACCAUUGAUUAUUCGGUAGCACUUCAAAUUCUUAGUUCAAACCAUUCUUGUGAAGAAUAUGGUUCUGAAAGUCUCGAGGGAAGUAAAGAUGAAAGAGUUGAAUUCCGAGAAGAACCUCAAUAUUCAUGUGACCAUGAAGCCUCACGCGGUCUAAGUUGUGAUCUUGAUGAGGAUAAAGAUAAAAAGGAAAGUUCUUCAUACCAUGGAGAAGACACCAUGUGGGAAGGUAAAUGGGAUGAAUCAGAUUUUGAUGAUGAAGAAGAUGACGAUGACUUCGAUUGGGAACAUGACGAGGUAGUGGAACAACUGAGAAUGGAACUGAAAAAUGCAAGACAAGGAGGGCUUUCCACUAUUUUAGAAGAAGAGGAAGAAGCGCAAACAGAGUCUCCGAAAGUUGUUGAGGAUCUACAGCCAUUGAAGAUUGAGAAGAAGAUAGAAUUCAAGGAUCACAUUGUUGAAAUCCAAAGGGUUUAUAGGUGCUAUGCAGAAAAAAAUCGGAAACUGGAUAUUUUGAAUUACCAGACCAUGCAUGCAAUUGGUGAGUACCGAUCUACCGUCCAAAGUGUGAAGCCUCAAAUAUCCCAAAAUCUGUGGCCACGCAAGGCAGUGAAACAGGUAUCUGAUCCAAUAGUGAAGUUCGUUGAAGAUCUGCAUAGAGAUUUGGAAUUGGUGUACGUUGGUCAAGUUUGUCUCUCGUGGGAAAUGUUGUGUUGGGAGCAGAAGAAGGUUGAAGAGUUACAACGAUAUGAUUCUCAAUGGCCUCGUAGCUAUAAUCUUGCAGCGGGUGACUUUCAACUCUUUCAGGUCCUCAUGCAUCGCUUCCUGGAGGACGAGCCAUUUCAAGAACCAAGAAUUCAGAAUUACAACAAGAACCGUUAUGUCAUUCGCAACUUGCUCCAAGUUCCACCCAUUAAAGAUGACAAUUCGAAGGACAAAAAAUUAAUUAAGUCAGGUGAAGAGUAUGCAAUGAAUGGCGAAAGGUUGGGAGAAAUCAUCAAACAGUCCAUGCAGGUGUUCUGGGAAUUUGUGAAAGCGGAUAAAGAUCAUGGCAAUGUGAUCAAAGCUUCUCAUAAAACAGGAAUUGAUCUCAAGGACCAAGCAAUUUCUGAUCUUCUUAGGAAUGUUCGAACUCAAUUGCAAAAGAAGGAGAGAAAGCUGAAGGACAUAGUAAGGAGUGGGAAUUGCAUAGUGAGGAAGUUCCAAAAACACCAUGAACAUCAAAUCCCACUUGAUCAAGAACAGUUACUUGCUCAAGUUGGACUGAGAUUGGUCUCAAGGGUGUUACACAUGAAAAAAUUAAGAAAAGAACAACUAAUGUGGUGUAAUGAAAAGUUGAACCGAAUCAAAUUUGUUGGCAGAAAGGUUCAAGUGGAACCUUCUUUAUUGUUUUUCCCUUCUUGA